CCGUCGUUUUGGUCGUGACCCCUGUGGCUUUGGAAGCUUCUUGUAAGUACGGUUACCGUCAGGUGCUGCCAUCAAAUCUCCUGAACGGCGUGGGGAACUAAUAUAAUGGCGGAUAGGACUGGAUUUCUGUGUUUUUUCGAUCGAACAAUUGCCAUUUAAGGCUAUUUCUAUGGAUCCAAAGGUAUUGGUGAAAACAAUAUGAGGGUCAUCUCAAACAUAUAGGCCGAUGAGACCAUAGAGUUGGGAUUUCCACCUAAAAAAUCAACAGAAAGUAGCAGUUAUGGCGAGUAACAUUGAAGAAAAUUCACUCUCGGUCUCAGCAACAUAUGAUUGGCAGAAGGAGGCAUCGCUUGUUCUCCAAAGGGUAGCUUUCUACAAAGGUGGAAAACGUAGAGGAGUGGAACCCUCUGUGUGGUUCAGAACACCAGUUGACCAAAGUGUUGUUCUUGAUUAUGUCAAGAAAGUUAAAGAACCCAUGGACUUUUCUACUAUCCUAGAGAAACUAAAGAAUGGAAUUUAUAAAGAUGUAGAAGCGUUUCACUUUGAUAUGCUUCUUAUUAAAAGCAACUGUAUCACCUACAACAGCCCAGCUGACCAAGUGUAUGCAGAUUGUGAAACUCUAUUCAAAUAUUAUGAAGUGGAAUAUGGAAAGUUACUGAAGAGAUUGGAAAAGGUUAAAACUGCUCAGAAUCAAAAGAUAUGGAAUAAAGGCUCCUUCAUGCAUGCAAAGAAAGUUGCACGGGAAGAUGGUACAUUGAAGAUUGUCGGUGACCAGAUCAAUAAAAUGGAGACUACAAUAAUGGAAAAAGAAAAUAGGAUCCAUGAACUUAAUGCUGAUAUUGCAUGGCGCGAAAGGAUCAACUGUUCCUUCAAGAACCACACAACAACAAAAGAAAGUGCUGUCCAGGUAGAUGUUCAUUUAAAACCAACGCAAGGUGCAGUGCCAACUAUACCAACACGGGUUAACCAAGCUAACUCGGAGUCCGUAAACAUUCAUCCUCACACAGCCAGACAGAGAAUAAAAAAAACAAUUCGUGCUGUACAACAUAUUCAUGGUGAAAAUCGCCAAAGUGUGGUUGAUGGACUGUGGCUAACUGCAGUACGGACAUUGACACGAAAGGAAUUAGAAAAAUAUGUUGGUAGAAGUAAAAAGUGUAGAAAUCUGAAUUUGGGAAGAGUGACCAAACCACAUGACCGGUUUUCAAAAGAAAAUAUUGUCAGAAGUCUUAGGAAUUUGAACAAGGGUGGACUGAUUAGCAGUCGCAAGUAUUCCAAUAUUGUGAAAGAAACCAGUGCUACGUCUAAACCAAAACUUGUGCCAUACACGUCACUAAUAGCAGAACUUAAAACGAUUCAGUCUCGGAUGGAGGUUACUAGGUUUUCUGAUGGCGUUGAUGCUUGUUACCGCAAUUUUGAAACUGCUCUACUUGAGGUUGGUGCUGUUUAUCUCAAGAUAGAUGAGCACUUGAUGUCAAUGACAGGUUCAGGGUUGAACUGGUUUAACCGCAAUCGUGGUCAGUUUUCAGUUGCCCUUGGUGCUGAUGGUGCUCCUUCUGGUAAAUAUGGUACUAGUACAUCCCUACUGUUCUCUUUACUGAAUGUUGUUGACAAAGUCGCAAGUUGUGAUAACAACUAUUUGCUAUUUGGCGGUAACGUGAAAGAAGAUGACGAGAGCAUCAUGUCAUACCUGAGAAAUCUUGUGCCAGAAAUACAGAAAAUUGAACAGAAGGUUUACAAGAUUGGGGAUACUGAUGUUACUUUCAGUUUAGAUCUCAUUCCAGGUGAUAACAAAUGGCUUGCCUCUAUUUCGGGUGAACUUUCAAAUGCCGCAACAUAUCCAUGUAGUUUUGCAGAUGUGCACAAAGAUGAGUUAAACAAAGUAGAUGGUAGUGUUGGUUCAGAGGGCUAUUGGAAGCCAUGGGAUUAUGAAAGACGACUGGGCUUGGCAAAGAAAGUUGAAAAGAUGAAAGAAAACAAUGCAUCCCGACCUAUUAUUCUGAAAGAAAUGGCAAAAAUGAAAUCUAGGCAAGAAUUUGUUCCGGUUCUGGGCGAGUACAUUAAUAAAUGUAUGAUAGAUCCACUCCAUAUGAAGAACAAUAUGUGUCAGCAAAUGAACGCAUUAACUGUCAAUGAGGCCAUUAAGAGAACAGAUGAUAGCAUCUUGAAAGGAGGGCUACAGUCUCCUAAAUUUGGCACUUCACCUCUAGGGAAAUAUUUCCAUGCCCUAAAGAAUAAUCUCAAAGCUGGAAAAUUGUACAUCCAGAUGAAGAGAUGGUUUUGCGAAAACAAGGCAUCCGAUUUUUCAAAGUCCUGUAAGAUUAGGUUUACUGGUGAAGAAUCGCUCAAGUUCUGCAGGGAAUUCUAUCAUCUCAUUGCGGCAUGUGUUCAGUCCGAUGGACAAACCCCUGAUUUCCAAUCAUUCAGGCUGUUGGUCCUUCACCAAAUGUGUUUGGUAGGAAGAGAUGCAAUAGCCCUCAUGUCACAAAUGAAGUUCUCAAUGUAUGACUUGCAGUGCCUCAAGGAAAAGUGUGAAACAUACCAUAGAAUUCACGCAAUGUUUCUUGCUCAUGUUUCAUUAACAACCUGGCAUGCUGGCUACAUUGUCCCUUAUCAUGCUGGUCUUGUGUAUCUCAAAUUUGGCACAGGAUUGGGUAUAAACACACUCCAAGGUAGAGAGGCAAAGCACAAACAGAUUGCCAACUAUGGUAAGUUUUCCACUCCUGGGAACAAGUGGGAAUGCAUAUUUCGACAUGAGUUCGCACAACUCAUAUGGCUUCCUGAUAACGAUGCACUUGAGGAGGCGAAACAUAUAGAACGGUCUAGGCGAGAAAAAAAGUAAACUGCAUGUCUAUCUUGAAGGAUCGUUCAAAGAUGAUUGCUCUUGUCGACCAUCUGAUGAUGUAGACUCUCUCUGCAAAUACUGCAGUCACCCUUGGAAGAAUUUGAUCAUUGAUUCUUGCAACAAUGGUAAGAUAACUCCUGAACUGAAAAGGGUGCUUGAGAAAUUCCAUGCUAAAUUGCACUGAAUUAUUGAACUGAUGCAUCCCUGCAUGUACACUCUGGUAGGAAAGUAAAAGGACACCAAAUAUAUCUCAGUAUUUCGGAGGGAUUUAUGAUUUAAUGGUAACUCUUCCCUGACCCUGUAUUUUGUGGUUUUUACUCCGUGUCCAAAAUGGCUGAAAGUGAUACUGAUGAUGAUUUUGAAUAAUGAAUGUAUUUCACCUCAAAUUUGUGAAUGAUGAACAAUGAUCAAAUGUUUAAAUUAAUGAUGAAUAUCCGUCCAAAUGGUACUAAAGUGUUGAUUGUUUUACUCAUGCUUUUUUCGAUAUAAAUACAUGUUGAAAUUCAA